CUGUCUGGAGCUACGCUUCUAGGCAUUGGCAUCUGGCUCCUGGUUGAGCCAGACAACCAGCAUUUCCUUGAGAUUCUGAAGGUGCCUAGCACAGAUGAGAUGUUAAAGUAUGCUGCGUACCUGCUGAUUGCUGUGGGGGCACUGGUGUUUGUCGUCGGAUUCUUUGGCUGCUGUGGUGCGAUCCAGGAGAGCAAGUGCAUGCUGGUCACGUAUUUCGUUUGCCUGAUCAUCAUCCUCGGCUGUGAGAUAGCAGCAGGAAUCCUGGCUGUUGUCUACAAGGACAAGAUACACAUGUACUUGGAUGAUGAGGUGCCAGACAUGCUGAAGAAUGAAUAUAUGAAGAGUGAGGACCAGAAGGGAAUGACCCGAGCCUGGGACUGGGUUCAGCAGGAGCAAGAAUGCUGCGGCUUCAACAGCUACAAGGACUACGACGGGAACACAAAUCUUCCGAGAGGCUACUCUUUCCCGCUGUCCUGCUGCAAGCGUCAGGACAAUACUGAAAUCGACAACGUCACGCCAGCUAAUGAAGCCAAGUGUAAGGCUAUGGAAGAGAACUUCUUUUACAAGACUCCAUGCAAAGCUUCUAUCAACAACUGGUUUGACGAUCACGUGAUCAUCGUCAUUGGACUUGGACUUGGAAUUGGCUGUCUGGAGUUGUUUGGCAUGAUCUUUGCCAUCUGCUUGUGCCGAAACAUCGGAGAAGAGAUUUAGAGUGGAUGACCAUGGUUUCAGUGGUUAUUGGAUAAACAAGCAACAGAAUCUCAUUUUUUUAAAUCUUUACCACCGUUGGCUAAUGUUUUUGUGCUAAUUUUUUAAGGCUGAAGUAGAAAAUUGUGUAUAAUCUUAUUAUUCACUCUGGUCAAGGCUACGACCUUUGUAUCUGCAGUUUGUGCUGUUGCAAAUGGGUGAACCUGCUGAAAAUGUCCGGCCCCGAAUUGAAAACAAAUCUCUUGAUGUAUGCAUGUCGUUCCUGCAUCGUUGUAGCUGCAUAAUAGUGUUUUUCUGUAUUUAUAAAUCAUUUGGAUACGGCAUAGGUGGCGCCACGUUGCAACAGCAGAAACUGCAGUGUAUAAAGAGAUUGUAAGCAGAUUUUAGACAAAAUACUCGACUCGUAAUCUCAAAGUAUAAUAUGAAGGACGAUAUAUUUGGUUUUAUAGCAUGUGUUUUUAAUGCCCUGCUGUUGGUUGUGGGAUUUGGAGAUUCGAUGAAAUACUCACGAUAUUUUGCGAAAAAUCAUUUUGCUGAUUUUAGAACUCGUGUAACAAAUGUACUAGAGUGUUUUCAGGGAGUGGAGGUCAGUUCUCUUUAUUUUGGCUGUUCCCGGAUAUUUUUAAACACGGUAAUACUGUUGUAAAUUUCGACCUUGGUUGUUGCAACGUUAUAUGUUAAUAGGUAGAAACUUGAGUGCAGUGAAUCUCUCGAGUCUAUGUUAAAAGUUCUGUCAGCCAUGUUUGGACCUCUACUACUAAUAACGCCACAUAUUGCCAACUGGUGAUGUGACACCUGAGAAAGUAUGUGACUGGCAGGAGCUUGUGUGAAACGGGUGGGGCUCAGUAAGUUGGGUACUACAUUAUUGACCACCCCUGAUAAAAAUGUAGCGUUAUCGUGGAAUUCGUUUCCUAAAGCAUCCGUACUUGUCAAUUCGUACAGCAUCCGAUGCUAGAUAGAGAAUCUGCAUUUAUCAAGGGCUAAAUAGAGGUCUUUUCCACAGAAUGUUUGGGAAAUAUAUCAUCUGUAAGCUAGACCCCAAAAACAAGUCCCUUCAUGUCAGGCCAACGUGGCUACUUCUAGGGCCGCUACAGUAUCAAAAUACCUAAUAUUUUUAUUGCAUAAUUAUAAUAACCAUAAUGGUCAUCGAUAAAGAAACUUGAUGGGUUUGUCUGUAUCUCCGUACGUGUGUGUAUGUAUAUACGUUUACGUGUCCGUUUGUAUGUGCAUAUGUAUGUACGCACGUACGCGUGUACAUACAUAUGCGUGUAUGUAUACAUGCGUGAGUGUGUGCGUGUUUGUAUGCAUGUAUGUAUAUGUGUAUUAUGUUAUCAAGUAUGAUAAUCUACUAUAUGUAAAUCUCAUGCGUAUAUAUAUGAGAACAAGUAUGACGGCAACCGUAACAAAAUGGUAGGUUUUCGACUGCAAAGUGCCUCCCUCUAUGCCAAAUGUGGACAAACUAAGCAUAAAAUGAAUAUGUCAGUGAAGGAAGGUAGGGAGUCGGGGCGUUUGCUAGCUGUUACUCUAUUAGGGUUUCUCUGACUGGGCGUCUUACUGCAAGUAGGUCACUUGGCCUUCGAAUUUAGCGUUUCAAAAAUAUUUUCUACGAGACUUCCCUGCUCUCGUGGCAGCUUGUUCAGUGAUUUACGUCUGAUUUCACAAUGUCACGGCUGCUGUGUUAAAAUUAUGAAAUUUCCCUGACUAAAAGAAACCCCACCGUUAGGUAGCGGCUUGAGAACAGACAAAACUUGUCCCGAUGUGCGCAUCAGUUGUGUUCGCAAAAUACUUUUCUCUCGAGUUUUCUAGCCGGUGUAGUGUGAAGUAAAUGCUGUAUUUAUUCAGGCGGAAGUUGAUGUGAUGUUGUCCACUGCUCGUGACCCAAUCUCUCCCUCUCCACGACUACAGCACCGCUUUUUUGCGGCACCGGUGACGGGACUUGAACACUGUACACCGCCGUUCCACUGCAUGAGUGUAUUUCACCGCGUCCCAUCAUUGGACUGCAGUCGUAUAUGUCCCCGUGCGGGCAUUUCCUAUCGUCAAAUCGUCGUCUGCAAUCAUUGGACUCUGGUCGUGGCACGAUUCCUCCCCGUGGGGGCCUAUUGUAGCAUUGAUGUCAACGUCUAUAUGACCCUGGUCUAAAUUCCAGUAGAAAAGAAAGUAAGUCCGUCUCCGCGCGACCCGGGUUGAAAUCGUUAACUCGAUGUGCAAACCAUACGCAUGUUUUCACUCGCUUAACGGUAGGUAUGGUUUUAGGUCUUGAUGCUACCGCAUGAAGUAGCAACGUGUAAUCAGAGUCUUGCCAGGCUAAAGCGGCUGUACCUCAGGAGUAGAGAGCUUCUAGUUGAGGUGGCAGCAACAUUAUUCAAUGUGCGUGUGUAUGAUGUGUAUGGUUGAUGUAAAACUAGCGAGCAUGUACGUACAUAUAGCAUUUUCUCUGUGUGUGUGUGUGUGUGUAUGUGUAUUUGUGUGUAUGUGCGCGUUACGCAUCGCUGUAUGUUGCAGUGUGCGUAUUCCGCGCACGGAGAGUCGUACGCUGCUACGCGCGUCUAGCGUUCAUGAUGAUCUGUCGGAAGUAGCGUCUGUCGGCGACAGGUGGCGCUCGUGCCCCACUCUCCUUCUACACCACAACCUCCCCACUAAAUUUUCCCCAUCUGCACCACACCUCCCGUUAUAUAAAAAAUGUCUUGAGAAUAUAAUACCGACCUUUGUUUAAAAAUGAUAAUCUCCCAACCGAGGCCAUCUCGCGUUUUACUAUUACGUCACGUGUGAAGAAGGGUUAUAAUUGGAAGAUGAGUGAGAUGAGGAAGGAAUGAGGCGCGAAGGUUGCGCCCUAUCAAAAAAAGGUUACCCCGAGCGACCAUUCGUUCAGCACAAAAUAACAGGAUACGAUUGCAGGGUGCGAUGUGUACUGUGCCCCUCUAUUUCCAUCUCAGAACGUGCCAGUUCCACGAUCGCUGUCACACGCUCUCCGCCGGUGCCGACAGUUGCUACGUCUUAGCAGAUUGGAUGCAUGUACAUUGGGGUGACCGGCCACGUUUCUAUGAGUACUCGUAUGUAAGAGAGCGUGGUUGGCCGGCGCGGCAAGGCGCAUCAUCGUGGUAUCGUGAUAGAUUUCUGCAUUUUUUAUUUUAACUUAGACUGUAUGUUGUUUUACGUGAAAUGCGCUGGAAAAUCGAAAGCAUAAUCGCCACGAGCACGUGGCGCCUCUGCUGGUAGAUGCUGUGUACUCAUCAAAACCAUGGCCUCCAGCGAGAUGUGUUUUACCGGGUGAACUGAAGCAACCGCUAGUUCUAUUUCUAACCGCGACUGUGACGUCAUCGAAAAUGUGACAUCUCUACGACGAGAGGCUGACGCGUUUGGAUAAGACACAUCGCCUCCUCUUACUCCUAUAGUUUAAGUUGCGUCAGCUGUCAUUAACUUAUAUUUUACAUUAAACGUGAAUUCAUGAAUUAUUAAUCUUUGGAAAUUGUUCGUAAAGCGAGACAUUAUUUUUGUGUUUUCUAUCGGAGCUGGACUACGUGGCGUGCUGCGUACUUCACUAGCGUGUGCGUGAAUUUACAAUGGACACGCCUAGCUUCUGUUGUAACUCAGCUAUGGCAAAUGUUCCGUGAGAGCAUUCAGAGUAUGUGCAUACACUGUUUGCCCGGUUUUAAUGAGCAACAUGCAGGUAAAAAAUAGACUGGAUUUUUUCAAUCGUUCGCAGUUCCAGCGUGUCACGUAGCUUUGCUGCGGAGCUUGGUAGGUCUAUCUCUAAAUGACGUUACCGUCUCGGUUCGAAUAUUGUCGGUAGUUCGGUGUACGGCUAACGUACCACCCAAUUUAUUUUAGAGUUUCAUAAUAAUUUUUAUGCCAGACUAUUAGUAAGAACUAUGUAUGUGCGUUUCUGUAAUUUUGUAUUCUAUCAUACAUUGGACUUUAGUUAAAUAAAGUAAAUAAAAUUCGAAGAAGUA